CAGUCGGUAGACACAGGGCAUUAUUUAAAGCUACACAGACUGAAUCUCCAACCAAAUCCUUAUCGAGUUCAAGGAUUGUGGACUCCGCAUUAUUUUCCAAUCCACGUGCUUUGACGAUUACUUAGAAAAUCUUUAUAAAAACUCGCCAACAACAAGUCUUCAUCAACAAGGAACAUUUUCUCUUUUUUCACAAUCGAGUGGAGAAAUUCAUGGAGAAAAUACAGCACAAGCAUGUCGAUGUUGGGGAACUGAAAUUACAUGUUGCAGAGAUUGGAUCAGGUCCAGAUGUGCUGUUGUUGCAUGGCUUUCCAGAAAUUUGGUACUCAUGGCGUCAUCAGAUGAUUGCCUCAGCAAAUGCAAGAUUUCAUGCAAUUGCCCCUGACUUCAGAGGCUAUGGACUCUCUGAUCAGCCUUCCCAAAUAGAGAAAGGCAACUCUGUAGAUCUGGUGGAGGACAUGACCGGCCUUCUUGAUGCCUUUGGCAUUGAGAAAGUAUUUGUUGUGGCCAAGGAUUUUGGAGCAAACAUUGCAUAUUAUCUGUAUCUCCUGCACCCUGAGAGAGUGCGAGGCAUUAUAACAUUGGGUGUACCUUAUUUGGCACCAGGUCAAGACAGUGUUCAGUUGGAUUUGUUUCCACAAGGAUUUUAUGUUAGACAUUGGAAGGAGCCCGGAAGAGCCUUGGCAGAUUUUGGGCGUUUUGAUGUAGAAGCAGUGGUAAGGAAUAUAUAUACCCUUUUCUCUGGAAGUGAAGUGCCAGUGGCAGAGGAGGGUAAAGAGAUCAUGGACCUCUAUGAUCCUGCAACUCCAUUGCCAUCUUGGUUUACUAAGGAUGACCUGAAAACAUACUCAAGCCUGUAUGAAAAAUCUGGUUUUGCUUUCCCUAUGCAAGUUCCCUACAUUUCUUUGAUGAGCAACUGGGUUAAAUUGGCUGAGUUAACAGAUUAUACCAUUAAAGUUCCAGCACUUCUAGUAGUGGGUACCAAAGAUUAUGUGCUCAAAUUUCCAGGAAUGGAGUAUUAUAUCAACAGUGAUAUCAUGAAAUCUCAAGAGCCCAAUCUGGAGGUCAGGUUUUUCCCAGAAGGGAGCCAUUUUGGUCAAGAGCAAUUUCCUGAGGAGGUGAAUAAGCUUCUUCUUGGCUUCCUCAACCAGCAGCUGUGAUGCCAAAAUACUUCAUGAUCAGGCAUAGUCGCCCCAAUGGUCAUAUUCCAAAUAAAUUGAAGAUACUUCAAAUAAUGUAAACUAAUUUCAAAUAAAUUGGACUUUGAAGAAACAAAUUUGAAAAA